GUGGUUUUAUCCCUCGCAGGCUUCCGUAGAAGCAGGAAGUGGCUCCGUCGUCGUUGGGAUACCAUUCACUACUCUCAUCAGCGGCUAAUUCGUAUCAAGAAUAUAUCAAGAGCUUUGUUACACAGGCGGUGAUGGGUGACAUCCGUCAGUCGUUGCUGCCUCGCGAUGUGCUGAGUGCGGCCAAGGAGCUGCUGUACCACCUGGACAUCUACAUCUGUAACCUGGUGCAGUCAGGGAGGCAGCCUCCCCAGGUGGACUCCAAAACCCUGGAGCUGGUGGAGGAGUUCAUUCUGCAUGCACCCAAAGACAGAAACACCCCAGCCAGGAGGAUGAGUGCCCUCCAGGAGCUCCAGCUGUUGGAGAUCAUGUGCAGCUGUUUCCAGGAACAGAGCCGCGAUACUGUACGUCAGCUGAUGUUCUCGGCCCUCUUCAGUCUCCAGGGCAACCAGGCGGACGAAAGUCGCAUGGCACUGUUGAGCAAACUCGUCUCUAUGGCUGUUGCUGUGGGCAGGGUACCUAUCUUGGAAUGCGCAGCUACCUGGUUACAGAGAACGCACCGCGUGUACUGUGUGCGCCUGGCUCAGGUGCUGGUAGACGACUACUGUAGUAUGGUGCCAGGCUCGGUGCCCACCCUGCAGAACAUCCACAGCGCCAGUCCACGCUUCUGCUGCCAGUUCAUCACUGCCGUCACCACCCUCUAUGACCUCACCUCAGAGGAGCUCACGCCUCCUUCAGAACUCCUUCAGAUGAUCGUGUCGUGGAUCCAAGAUGAUCCUCGUCUAGUUUUAAUCACCUUCCUGAACACGCCCCUCUCUGGCAGCCAGCCAAUCAGCUCACUCGAUGUCACACCUUUAGGAGGUUUGGUACGCUGGUGUGUCAAAGCGCCGCUGGCCUACAGGAGAGACAAAAAGCCGCCACUGACCAAUGGCACUUCUGAGAGCGAGACAGAAGUGGGGCCUCUGUUCUCUGCUCUCCACCUGAGUGUGCUACAGGUCUUCAUGCUUUUACCAAACAUAUUAAAUGAGAAUGGGCUGUUUGGUCGCCUGGCACUCCUCCAGAUGGAGUCCCUGGCAACGCUGACCUCCGACCUCUCCAGGCUGUUGGACCAGGCCGACAAGCACACACACACGUCAUCUGCCGACACACAGGCGCUGUCGCAGCUGACCCUGGACCGGCUCGCACAGGCCUUGCAGGUGGCCAUGGCCAAUGGAGCCCUGCUCUGCGCAAGAGAGGACCUGAGAGCCAUCUGUUCCCGCCUCCCACACAACAAUUUGCUCCAGCUGGUGUUGUCAGGCCCAGUGAUGUACUACAACAACAUCCACACACCUCCGCUGGCCUUCAGCCCGCAUGCAGCCCACUCGCCCAUCGCCUCGCACCCCUCACACCCGCCACACCCGCCACACCCCGCACACACCCCACACACACCUCUAGCUGCCCACCCAUCUUCUCACCCUCAGUACCCCGCUCAGCCUUUCAUGACGGGGAUGCCGUUCCCGUUCAGACCCAGCCACUAAAGGAAACUCAUUCGCAGAUGUGGAGCUGUGUGUGUGUGUGUGUGUGUGUGUGUGUGUGUGUGUGUGUGUGUGUUGGUCGGUCAGCGAGGUUUGUUUGUCUGCGUGUUGGCGUGUGUAAGCGAUGUAUUAUGUAUUAUGGUGUUAAUAAGCAGAUGUGUCUGUGCAGCAGACUGUGAGGCUAACAUGUCUGUCCAAUAAAUAUUUUUUUAUCUCA